AUGACUGUUCCAGCAUUCGAAGCAAUUGUUACUGCAGUAGCAAAGAACAGUGAUACAUCAAAUUCAUUAAAACCAAAUGGUGAACAUUUUCCGACACAAGAAUUUAGUGUUUUAAGAAGAAUUGAGAUUGGUUUAGGUAUUGGUGGUGGUGUGAUUAAUUCUAUGCUUUAUAAUGUUGAUGGUGGUCAUCGAGCUGUUAUUUUUGACCGUUUUCAAGGUGUUAAACUAGAUGUUAUUGAAGAAGGAACUCAUUUUAUGAUUUCAUGGCUUCAUAGACCAAUGAUAUUUGAUAUUCGUGCACGGCCACGAUCUGUUCCAUCAAUAAUAGAAAUAAAAGAUUUACAAGCAAUUAAUAUAACAUUACGUAUUCUUUAUCGACCAAGAGCUGAACUUUUACCAAAAAUUUUUUGCAAAUUUGGUUUUAAAAUCUGUUGUACUAAGUCUCAAUUUGAUGCUAUUGAAUUGAUUACACAACGUACACUUAUUUCUCACCGUUUUAGUGAAUUAUUAACAGAACGUACUGCUCAAUUUGGUUUAUUACUUGAUGAUAUUUCAAUUACAUAUUUAAGUUUUAGACCUGAAUUUACAAGUGCUGUUGAAUUAAAACAAGUUGCACAACAAGAUGUUGAAAAACAACGAUUUUUAGUCGAAAAAGCUGAACAAAGUCGUCAAGCAAAUGUUAUUGCAGUAGAAGGUGAUGCUCGUGCAGCUGAUUUAAUUGGCAAAGCUUUAGAUGAAGCUGGUGAUGAUAAUCAAAAUUAUAUAAAUGCUCGAUUUCGUUCACCACUUGUCAAUUAUUUACCACAUUUGCUACAGCUCAUUUUUCAACUUGUUCUAUCACGUGAUCAUCGUAUUGGUAUUGAUUCAAUUCCAACAGGAAUUUGUUAUGCUGGAACAAGUGAUCAUGGUUUUAGUCGACGAAGGUUAUUUACUGCAGUCCCAUUAGUUAAUCAAUAUCCUAUAGGUUCAAUUCUUCUUGAAAAUCCAUAUUAUGGUUUAAGAAAACCACUAAAUCAAUCUCGUUCAUCAUUAUUAUAUGUUACCGAUUUAUAUAUUAUGAGUGAAGUACUUGUUUUAGAAACAUUUAUGCUACUUCAUUGGUGUCAAAAAAUGAAGUUAACAUCAGUUAUUCUACAUGGUUUUUCUUUUGGUGGACAUAUGGCUUCAUUAGCAUUUACAAAAUGGCCUGAUCUACCUUCUCGACAAUUCUAUGAAAAUAAAGCCUUUCAAACAUUUUAUGAUUAUUUACGUGAACGAAAUCGAUCAAUUGAUUCAAAUAAAAUUGUUCUCGAUCUAAUUAAAGAUGUGAUGCGUCUUCUUAUGGAUGAAUUUACAUCUUUAUAUAAUUAUUUACGUUCAGUUCAAUCAAAUAUAUCUAAUGCUAUGCUUAUUGCUUGUACACAUGAUGGUUAUGUAUUACGUGAUGGUCUUCAUCAUGCUGCUGCUGAAAUGUUACAACGACAAGAACCAAAUGUAAAACUAAAAAAACAUCUAAUCAUAUCACCAAUUUCUGUUACUACACCUAAAAAUUUGUGAACAUAUAUAUUUUUUUCAUAUAGAUAUUUUCUCGAAAAGUAUCAAAUAUUUCCUAGUUUUUGUGUUAUGAUUUGAAUAAUAACUCAGAGAAAAAAAAACUUUUGAUCGAAUAUAAACUAGAUAAUAUAGUA